AUGUUCCAACACAACAAUCCCUCACUUUCCUCUAUCACUAGCGAAGAGCUUCAAUGGCUAGACGCAGACGCUCAGAUCCUACAGGAUUCCUCGUUCCUUAUCACUGAACCAUCGUCCACCAAUGUUCACUAUCCUUGCCCCUGGUCUAGCGCCAGCAACGACUCUCUACUGAUCGCACGCACCAAAGGCAUCCCUCCGAGACACCACUACCAAAGAUCAACCAAGUCCAGCAGUGCGAAGACCGUGACACCAAUUCACAACCACAGUAACCGGCUCUCAAACAGCCUUGCUCUUAAGCGACCCAAUCACCCCAACCUGCAUAGUACAGCUACUCCGACGCCGCUCUCCACACCUUCUCUAUCCAAUUCUUCACUCCCCUCUUUGUCCAACCACAGUGAUAUAACAUCUUCUGUUGAUUCGAUCAGCGCCCCGCGAUCGAUGAAAAGAAGCCAUUCCCCAACUGCAACUCCUCCACGCUCCCCAGAAUGGAUUUAUAGACGUCCCAAGUCUCCUACUACACCUCCCGCUUCCUCUCGGUAUCGGAGACAACCGGAGAUGAAUGGAAAUGCCGGUGAACCUUCCGCGACAUCGCAAGGGUCAAUUAGCUAUUUCUCAGAAAUAAGCUCCUCGUCUUCAUCAUUGCCAUCUCCGAUUAUCUCGUGUUCGGAAGCCCUCGAGUCUCCGACACUCUGGACCUCCCUACUCCGACCACGGAAACGCUCGGGAUCGGUGACGAGCAAAUCCUCAGUAAACACCUCCGAUAUUCCUUCUCUAUGGUUCAGCGCCGAUGAUGGUGCAGGUCGAACACGGCCUUCACCUGGCUCCCGCUUUUCGAAGGCCAAGAAACCCCAGGCCUCCUCUUUAUUCACUCAGUCCCCCAGUUCUCUUUCGAGGUCCCCAUCUCAGUUGUCCGUUGGCUCGCUCGUCUCGCAACAUGGCAUAGGAGUACAACGUAAUCGCUCCUCCUCCGUCAGUUCGUCGCUAUCAUCUAUCUCCACAUCACCUACCACUACGUCGUCUUCUCUACCCUCAACACCGAGCUCGCCCUCACUUUCUCCCUCCUUAACGAAAAAGUUCAAACCGCAUCAUCAAUGUAUUGUCGAGGAUGUUGAGCCGGAGUCAGAACCUGAAGACAAGUUGGGCCUUGAACAGAGCCUCUCUAUAAGACGGAAGGAACCCCUCGAGCGGUCCGCAUCCGACCCCAUGUCUUCAACCCCUGUCCUUUCUCAGUCCUUAUAUUCGCCUAAACGCCGCCUGAAGCCAGACACAAGCAGCAACAAGUCUGUCAAGUUUGCUGAGACACCAACUGUACACUAUGCUAGUGCUGGAUAUGACCCUGACUUUUGGCAUGUUCCUGGAGAAUCGCUGGAUACAGACGUCGAAGUUGAUACCGAUCAAAUGGACAUUGAGAACGAAAAUGUUACUUCACACGUUCCCACAAUUCCUGAUCCAUAUGCUUAUGCCCGAACCUCUCACCGAAUGGAUGUUGAUGAGGAGCCAACGAGAAUACGUCUACGAGACUACCGGCCUGAGGAUCGCGAAACGCUAGUUACUCCCACACCGGACCGCGUUCGGGGUUUGAAGAGCGCUGUGUCUAAGAGCUUAAAAAGGCAUCCUUCGUCUGGUUCCUCGUGGCGCUCAGCACCCAAGCUCUCUCCAUCACGAUCCAUCACUCCACGACCCCCAAUAUCAGGUCCUUUUGUUUUAGGAUCAACGCCAACGGUACCCCAUGGCCCGCAGGGAGGAACACCGUGCACUCCACGCAGUCAACCUCGUAGUAAGCUUGUGGUUAGUGGCAUUGCACUCAGAAGUGCACCAUCGUUGGAAAGUUUUAAAAGUGUGAAGAGUAAUACGAGGAGUGUGAGGAGCCUGAGGAGUUUGAAGAGUCUUCCGGAGAGCGUGAAGAGCAGUAUUGAACUAGGAGCGCGGGAGAUGAAGGAGUGGUUUAAGGGCCGAAUUUCGAUUGGUGUCGGAGCAUUGUGA